AUGACUGAACAGCUCAAUGAAUCGCCUGAAAAGAUUCAGAGCGAGGAACGACAGCCCAAAAUCGUUGUAGACCCGAUACUUCAGAGCUCCCAUGGGUCUGACGAUUUGGAAAAUGAUUAUCAGUUUUUCCGAACGUUGGUCAAAAACAACAUAUUUCAAUUGACUAACGUAUCGGACCAACGAGCGAUUUCGACUUGGUUGCUCAGAUGCGACGAGGAACGUGACAAGUCGUUAAAAUGCGGGAUCAUCAAACUGAUGCUGGUGUCGCUUCAGCACCCCAGCGGUAAUAUGAAAUUAUUCAGACACUCGGCCCCGAAAAACCUACCAUAUCUGAUAAACACCCCGAAUCACCUCAGACAAUUGGUCGACGACAUGUUGACAAACUUCGAUUCCGACUCGGAUGACGGCGACGACGAAUCCGACUGUGGGUCGCCGUUAGGUUCCAGCUCGCGUCGCCCUCGCCGUCGAACCGUGUGCACGAGCACUGCAGCCGUGUCGUCGGACAUGACCAGCAUCGCCACAGCGUUCACCGACAACCGUAGCGUGCAAGCGUUCUACGCCAGGUCCGACCACGCGGUGAACACGUGGCGUCUGCCCGACAGCGUCCGGUUUCCGGUGCACAGCCGCUCGGCGUCCCGAUGGGAGAAGGCGCUGACGACCGACUGCCCGCUGAAUGCCAGGACGGCCGAUUCCACUAGAACUGCGCAGAAAAUCCCCAAAAAGGAAUGGGAUUUACCGGUCUUCUUACCAGAUGAAGGUAAACCGUGGAAAACUCCGAAAUGGAAUACUAGCGAAUCCGAUCUGAGUCCGAUGGAACGAAAAUGUCGUGGCUUAAUGUCGGAGCAAAUGUCACCAGAGGGCAGCGCAUUUCGGUGGUACGAGCACAGCCGGUUGGACGGCAGCUUGAGACCUACGCCUGAAUUUUGUAUCGAUAAUGACGUUUGUGGUCAAGGGAAAAACCAACCGGAAUUGGACGAACGAGCCAUUAACGUGACGAACAAAAUAUAUCCAGAACGUGUUCAAAUCGUCGUCGAUCCACGUCUUAUCACUGAAGUGCUCGGUACAGACCCAUCUGACCGACGACAAUCGUGA